GAUUUUUUUUUUGACAGUGAGCACGAAAAAUAAAAGAACAAGAAUAUGAAAAUAAAAAGGCAAGUUUUUUUCACACAACCACACCCACCCAAGCGUUUUUUAUUCGUCAUGCAGAGCAUCCGGGUCUGUUGACUAUGGCCGCCUCACAGGUGCGCAAGCAGAUUCACUUUUUGUGCGCCCGCAAGGUAUGGCUGUUACAUACGUCACAAGGGCUGAACCUUCGGAUGUGACAAGGUCAAAGGUCAAGGCGUGGAGGCGGCGCUGGAGCGCUGGACGGAAGGGCGGGAGAAGUGGCAGGUCGUGGCGGGCUCGGCGACGCUCACGCUGGCGGCGAUGGCGCUCGGGAAUCUCUACGCCAACCGAGCCGACGUGAAGGACGAUAUUCAGGCCUGGGUCUUCCGCGUCCUUCGCUCCAUCCCCGCCGUCAAGAGGUACAUACAGAAGCAGUUGGAUCAGUCCCGUAUAGAGAUACAGAAGGGGAUCUUCGAGGACGCAGGAGCCUCCGUCGCCGCCCUCCCGCCCCUCAAGGAGCUGCCUAAAGACGGGUGGUCGGAGGAGCAGGUCCUGGAUGUCGCCUCCAACACGCUGGGGAAAGGCAACUAUGCCUGGCAGGACGGCAAGAUCUCCGGCGGCGCCUUCUCGGGAGGCAACGAGGACCUCUCCGACGUCCUCCUGAAGGUGUACGGCAUGACGGCGCUGACGAACCCUCUCCACGCAGACAUGUUCCCGGGCGUGAGGAAAAUGGAGGCGGAAAUUGUGAGGAUGACCCUCUCCAUCUUCCACGGAGACGACGAAGCGUGUGGAUGCAUGACCUCCGGGGGGUCAGAGAGCAUCCUGAUGGCGAUGAAGGCGAUGCGCAACUGGGGGAGGGAGGUCAAGGGCGUGAAGCAAGCCGAGGUCGUUAUGGCCGUCACAGCUCAUUCGGGCUUCGAUAAGGCCGCCUCGCUGCUCGGCGUGAAGAUCAGGAAGGUACCUGUCGAUCCCGUUUCCUUCAAGGCGGACGUGAAUGCCAUGAGGAGAGCUAUCAACAGGAACACAGUCAUGCUCGUGGCGUCCGCGCCCGAGUUCCCUCACGGCAUCAUCGACGACGUGGAGGCCAUCGGCGCCCUCGGCCUCGCCCGCGGCGUCCCCGUCCACGUCGACUGCUGCAUGGGAGGCUUCCUCUUGCCCUUCAUGGACGCCGCCGGCUACCCUCUGCCGCCCUUCGACUUCCGCGUCCCCGGGGUGGUCAGCAUCUCGGCUGACACGCAUAAGUACGGCCAGGCUCACAAAGGGUCCAGCGUUAUCAUGUACCGAAGACCAGAAUACCGUCACUACCAGUACUUCGUGACACCCGACUGGCCCGGAGGCAUCUACGGGUCACCGACAAUCGCUGGUUCUCGACCCGGAGGUUUGAUGGCGGUGUGCUGGGCUGCCCUCCUCUAUCACGGGGUCACUGGGUACACCGACGCCGCACGCAGGAUCAUAAGAACGGCCCGGGACUUGAAACAGCGGCUCCAGAGGGUUCCUGGGAUCCAGCUGUUUGGCGACCCUUUGACCUCCAUCGUCGCCUUUAGGAGCUCGGAGGUCAACAUCCUGGCCGUGGGAGACCUCAUGACGGCGCGGGGCUGGCACCUCACCUUCCUCCAGUAUCCGCCGGGCCUCCAUGUGUGCCUGACCAGCCUCCAAGCCACGGACAAUUUCGCCGAAGAAUUGGUGAAGGAUGUGAAGGAAACAAUGGAGUUCGUUCGCCUUAAUCCUCAACCGCCUUCGGGAGUGGGCAAAGUAUAUGGUACAGCCGCCAGUAUACCCGACAAAACGCUAGUAGGGGAAGCUGCUAAGAUAUUUCUCACCUGCUAUUAUGACACAGAAAUUGUACCAGACGACAAGGACAAGAUGAAAGAUGACACAAGUCGCAGCACAUAAUAAAAUUUUGUAGUAAGAUAUUUUAUAAUUAGGAAAGUUUAACUGUUUUUUGUGCAAAAUGUAGACUACACUUGGUAUCAAUAUUUGAACAGAUUAUUUGAAACUAGUAUGAUAUACUGGACAUGGUGUUUAUCUAUUAUGAACUGAAAAUCCA